AUGCAGGCCGCUGGUCUGCCGUCCGCGAUCGCCGCGCCGCGGCGGUGCGCUGUUGCUGAUGGCAGGAGAGGACGCGUGCAGGUUCAACCCGUGCACGCGUCGGCAUCCCCCGGACUGCGCUGGCCAAACAACCAGCCAGCGAAUGGGCCGCAGGGGCGCCCGCUCGCACGGCCGUCGCGCCUCGCUGCCUCGCCCCGCCAUGGCGACUCGUCGCGUAGGCGCAAGCAGGCGUGCUACGCGGCGACGGAGGGCGCGGGGCCGGGCGGGGGGGAGGGCAAACCACCAGCCGGCGGCGGGGGCGGGGGCGAUGGGGGCGACGGCGACGACGACGGCAAGGACAGGCUGCUGGAGCUCGAGGAGGCCACGCGACUAGCGGGCAAGGCCGGCGUCGAGCUCCCCGCGGACUUCGUCAUCGCGGCCCAGGAGGGCGGCUUGCGGCUGUCGGCCCUGAAAGGCUGGGCGGCCCUCUCCGGCUCCACUUUCUCGCUGCUCCUCGCGAAACUCUUCGGCAACGGCGUGCGCGACCGCAUGAUCGCCGACCCGCGCUUCCUCUUCAAGCUCUGGGUCGAGAUCCUCAUCGACACGGGCUGCUGCACCAUCGCCGAGGUCCGCAAGCGCGGCGAGAAGUUCUGGGACGAGGUUGAGUUUUACAUUAGCGACGUGCUGGUGGGCGUGGUGCUGGACGCGGCGAUGGUGAGCAUGCUCGCGCCCGUGGCGAUCGUCGGCGCGCUCCCGAAGCGCAUCGCGACGACGGGCAUCAUCGGCGCGCUCCGGCGGUACUCCGCGCGGCUCCCCGCGUCGAUGUUUGAGCGCGCCGUGCCCGGGGUGCGCGAGUUCUCGAAAGUGGACCGCGCGAUGUGCGUGGUCGUCAAGUUCUUCGAGUACUCGCUCAUCGGGAUGGCGUGCGGCGCGCUCGGCCAGACCAUGGCCAACCAGCUCAAGGGCCUGACCGACAAGAUCAAGGGCAAGACGGGCGCGGAGGAGGCGGGGUCCGGCGGGCACGGGCACGGCGAGAAGACGCCGCCGAUCCUGCAGACCGCGCUCGUGUGGGGCCUGUUCAUGGGCGCGUCGUCCAACACGCGGUACCAGGUGGUGGUCGGGCUGGAGCGCGUCGUGGAGUCGACCGUCGGGAAGUCGCUGCCGCUGGUGAACAACCUCGCGACCGUGGGCAUCCGGUUCGCGAACAACGUGAUCGGCGGGGAGAACUUCAUCGACAUGGCGCGCUACUUCGGGGUCCAGUAA